UUCAGUUGCUUGUGUCCUCAGUCUGUAGUGUGAAGAUGGAGGGUGAGGUGUUCUAUUCUACAGUAGUGUUUAAUAGAUAUGAUGAUGCGAAGCCUAAAGCAGCGGGGCCGGCUGAGGAGGUGGUGUACUCAGACAUCAAGAUGAACAGAGACGCUCCAUCACAGAGCAUUCCUGAGCCUGCAGCUGAUGCGGCCGCAUCCCGCGCUGCAUCAUACAGAUGGGCCACAGCUUGUUUGGGGCUGCUGUGUGUUCUCUUACUGGCAGGUGUCGUGGCAAUGAGUGUAAUGAACAUCACCCAGGUUUCCCAGUACAGUGCCGUCUUGGCACUUCACACCAAUGAGACCACAGCCCAUUGGAAGGUGCGGGCUGAAAAAGCAGCACUGGAGAAAGAGAAUGCAGAGCUGGUUGCACAGAGAGAUCAGUUAAACACGGCCCUGAGGUUCAUCACACAGUUUUCCAGUUUUCCAGUCCGUGCGUUCUGUCAAUCAAAUAAUGGAGAAAUGUACUGUGGGCCCUGUAGGAAGAACUGGAUUCAGAACGGGUCCAGCUGUUACUUAUUCCACACAGGCUUAAACUGGAGAACCUGGGCAGAGAGCCAGCAGUACUGCACUGAACAAGGAGGAGACCUAGUAACCGUAGACAACAUAGAGGAACAGGAAUUCAUCAGGCAGAACACUCCUUCUUAUUAUGAUAAAUAUCAUGGGUACUGGAUUGGACUUAAUAAAAAGAAUGGAAUCUGGGCCUGGACCUCUGGUACUGCGCUUAAGAAUGGGUUCUGGAUUGACCCCCCAAAACAAUCGGAUGAUAGUUGUGUACUCACAAAACCUAGCAGCAAUGCUCAGAAAAGCUGGGAGCCAAAUUACUGUAACAUGUACAAUAAAUGGAUCUGUGAGAUGAGAGCUUUGGAAUGGCCAAGAAAAACCUAUACUGCAAAUAACUGA